AUGGACGCUGAUCUACACACUGCAUUUGAUGACCACCAUCAUGGCUUGGAACCAGAAUUCUAUACAGCUGAAAAGCUGCGUUAUGCUUCUGCCAACCAUGUGCACGUAACGAGCAGACGGUUUUUCAUCGGGCCAAUUCCCAAAGGCUGGUUGCAAAACCACCGCAAAUCUUGGUAUAAGUCACGGCUUAAGUUCAAGAAUUACUCCUCUAAAAUUGUUACAUUCUCGGCGGAAUCCGGUAUUGCGCAGUCCACACAGGACCCGGAGCGAAACCAGCCGUCUGCUAUAGAACAGACAAAGAACGAUGAACUAGAGGAUACCCCGGAAGGUGAACAAACAGACGAGGACUUGAGUGAGCGGGGGGAUAGAUAUAGGGCCCUCAGAACUCUGAGUGAACCACUGGGAGAAACUAAUAGAGGGCCCACUUCCUCUUCCCCUUCCUCUGGCUCCGACACACCUCGUCCCUCAAGUUUAGUCCCGGACAAGCAUAAUCAGACUUUAGCUAGCACAGCAACAGAUGCGCAAUCUUACAUGACAGCAAGGGAGAUUGCUCCAAGCACAGAUAGCAUGCAGCAGCCAUUGAGCGACCACAGCAGUGGGGAGACCAUUCGACCCCUGGGAAAGCCAACGUCAAGGAACCCCAGUCAAUUUGAGGCCAAUCAGUCAAGCCCCAUGGCAUCUCAAAGUGAACUUGGAUCCACAACCCCGUUACUAAGACAUAGGUCAAGGCUUAAAGGUAAAGGAAAGCUUUCUCGAGCGCCGUCAACAUCGGACCUUGAGCCUCAGGAAGUUGAGAGUGCUGGAGAAGAGCACCUUGGCGAUGAAAGGCUUCGUUUCCACAAGCGAGCUAUUAAAUACAAUGAUAAUCUUCUAGAUAGACGACAACGGCUCCGGUCACGUAUAUCAAAGACACAUGAUAUGGUUUCUGGAACUUUGUCCCGCCGACGGAAGGUAAAAGCAGGCGAGAUUGUAAAGGCUGAAAGAAUGCUCGUCCGACUUGAGGAGACGGUACACGAACUUCCUGAAGACUAUGCCGAAAAUGACAGUUGGAGGAUGGAAACCAGGGUUGCGGAUAAUUGGCGAGAAUUCUUGGUAGUUUUUCGAGCGACGUCCGAUGAGGAUGCGCCAUUUACCCUCCAGAUGUACAAGACGCGUGUUAUCCCCGAGGUGCAGAGACACAACACUAGGGCGAAGCCUUACUAUGAUAUUCCUUUAGCACGCAAGAAGACGAAGCUGAACCUGUUCUCUUCUUUGGACAAAACCAUUGUCAUCUGGCGUCCUUGCAGGCAUGGAACCAAGAUUUAUAUCAUACGACCCAAAUCUACGACGCAUGCUGUUGAAUGGUACACAUCUCUGGGAUAUGCCUUAGGAAGGCGCCGGGCGUCUUCACUUUCAAUUAACGUACCAGAUCUUGGGGUAUCGCUUACAUUUAAAAACCCGUUCGAGCAGUUGGAAACGCAACCUGAGUCGAAAGAGAGAAGUGGGAUACUUACUGGCUCUUCAACGGCGAGAGAAUCUGUCGCAAAGAACAUUAUACGUGACUGCGUUGAAUUGUUAGAUAAGCGCCCUGAAUGGACUGAGGUAUUGCAUAGGUGGUCCAAAAUUGAGAAAAUGGGUCUUGUUUGGAAGAGAUAUGACCGAUUAGAAUGGGUAUAUGGCAUCAACGAGGAAAGAAUGUAUGGGUCUCUUGCGAUGCAGAGGACUCAUGACCUGGAGCUACGACCAAGACAACAUUACUGCACACAUGUGCAUGAUGAAGACAAGAAAGAAGAAGAACCGGAACCAGUGGAGGGCUUUCUAAUUCGCCUUACAUCGCAAAGAGGUGUUCAUCAACGUAUGAACAAAAUGUUCUUCAAGCGCCUAUACUGUUUCACCCAGGACCAUUAUUUGUUUUUCUGCAGACCAGCAAAGUCCUUGCCACCGGCUCCUCCGAGACUUUGUGUAAAUGAUUCUAAUGUCCCAUCAACGCAAGAAAUUUUGAACGAAAUGCCACAUUCAUAUGAUGUCAACCCGUUUCCAAUACAAGAUGGGGAGAUAACGUGGCUCUCAAGUGGUAAUAAGGAGCAUAUAAAGAGGCACGACGAGGAAGCAUUUGCGCAGUUGCGUAGGAACCUCCACAACCUGACCAAUGCUGAUGGCCAUAUCGACAUCUGCCGCGUGCAGGAAGUGCGAGAUGUGCAGCGUGACAGUUGCCCUGCUGACCCAAAUAUCGGAGAAGGCCCAGCUGUUGAAUUCAAUCCUGAAACGAGAGAUACACACCGGGAUGAUGGCGCAACCCAGGAGUUCGACGACGAUAGGACAUUUGAAAUGCUUCUAGAUAAUGACCUCGUUGUUCGGUUUCAGGCGUACGACAAGGGAACCAAGAAUGAAUGGAUAAAGAGACUUGAUGCCCUUGUGAGGUACUGGAAAGCACGGUGUGCAGCCGACAUGGCAGAACUCAAAGCCUUGAGGCGGCGCAACUUAGAAAUUUUGGAUAUUGACGAGGAAAUGGAGUCCGUGGUAGGACAAUUUGCCAAAAAGUGGGAGGUUAGGAGGGCAGAAGCAUCUCCAUUAUUGCACAAUAUGUGUGCUGUGUCUGGAUGCCGGGCAAUUAAGAUGUCCGGCCAGCUCUUUCGGAAGCCGCGUCGGCACUCAACCUUCAAACGAUGUGAUGUUGUCCUCACUGAUGGGAAACUGUUGAUUUUCCGGAGCUCAUUAAGGAAGUGUAACGGUGUCGAAAUACCUCAUGUUCAUUCUAGUCUUGAAGCAACUGUAGACCUGAGCGACUGCUACGUUUACUCGGGGCUGUUGACAGAGUCUGAUCUGCUCUACACCAAUCAAACCUUCGAUAGUAAUCGCCCAAGCCAUCGCGCCCUUCCUCGGGUGUAUCUUUCUACGGACGCAUACACGAGUAGCGAUGAGGACAUAGCUAUUACGUUUGUUGUUUGGCAACCUUUGCGCAAGAAUCUGUUUCGAGCACUAGAGAAAGGAGAGAAAGGUCAAACCAAACAGACAUUGAAGCAAGUUUCCAAGCUGGGUGUCCACGGGCGAACUGCAGUGUUCAAAGCACGCAGUCGGAUAGAUAGAGAUCGCUGGGUUAUGAGCAUCGCAUCUGAGAUUGACCGUUUGCAAGAAAGCAAACAGGAGGAUGUUCGAGUAAUCUCAACAAACGGAGAUUAG